AUGCUCUGCCUGAGACAACUACCAAGAUGCACACAUAAUCUACGAAUACGCGUGGCGCUCUCCCGCCAACUCUCGGCCAAACCUGCUCAGACAGACGAACUCGGCAUCCCGCUCAAGCCAACCUGGUCGGUCCACGCCUUUCUCUCGUCAUACCCUUCGCCAAAGAUCGCACCUGAAACACUGAAGAAACUGUACGACCUCUCUGCACUGGUACCACCCAAAGAAGGGACAGAAGCUCAUGCAAAAGUUACCAAAGAGCUCGAAGAGAUGAUUCGAUUGGUGGAGGCGGUCAAGUUGGUGAACACGGACGGUGUCAAGGUGCAGGCUGGGUUGGAAGGGGAGGAUUUGGAUAGGAAGUUGUACGGAAAUCCUGAGGAGCAAAGGGCCCUCCAUGGGGAACAGGGACGAGAGCUGUUGAAGCACGCGUCUUGGACAGUCGGAGAAGACUAUGUCGUUGAGUCAGAUCGUACAAGGGGGACUUCGGCCAAUUAG